CUCCCACUGCUAAAGACCCCUAUGCGCAAGCGAAUUAUUGAAAUAAAAUUAAACCAUAUGUUAGUCCCAAAAUGACCUAGUUUGUGUCGAGUGGACGUUAAACCCCAUUUCUCUCUCUCUCUUAUUUGGAUUAUCAGUGUAAAUUAAAAAAUUUAUUUGAAUUUGGGUGAGUCACUGUGACUCAGUGAGUAUGACGUUGGCUUACUAACCUGGAGGACCUGUGAUCGAUUCCUGCGUUGGCCGAGAAAGUUCAUCUGGAUUUUCUGGUGUGGUUCCCCCUUGUCAGUGGUGCAGGACGAAAGGGUGUGGCAAGGGACAACAUAUUAUCAUUUGGAUGGAGUGAAAAACAGGUCCUUUGUACACAUUGGUAUGCACAUGAAAGAUCCCUUGGCAGUUGGAAUUUAAAAUAAGAGUAGUUUGUAGUGCCUCUGUCUGGGCAAAAUUUCCCUCAUAGCACACUGUAUGGCAUAUGCUCGUCUUCAUUAGUCCAGUCAGAGUAGGACAUUAAACCCAAUUUCAUUUCAAAGGCAGUAUUAAUACAGUUGAAAUUGAGUGCUAUUUGUACAUUAAAUAAAGUAUUAGUUUUUAGAUAAUUACGAGGGUCUGAUUUAAGAAUUCUACGUCUGAAAAGGAUAGCUCAGUGGGGUUGAAACAAACUUUUGCAACCAACAAGUACAAUCAUUGAAUGAAUCAUAGACUUAAGAACUGCAACUGUAGUGUUGUUAUUGUCCUCGUACCAGACCAUCUUGUGAAUCUACCCAUUGAAAUCACCAGAACUGGACAAAACUGGCUAUAGGGCAGUCAUCAAGUACCUGCAACUGAAAGGACUAAUCCCAUCAUAGUAAAGAAGUGGGCUUCGAAAUUUAAGCAUGGCAGAGAGAGCCUUGAAGAUGAUCCGCAUCCUGAACGCCAUCAACAGCCAACCGUUCAAGAAAACAUUACCAGGUGCAUGACAUGAUGGCUGAUAGACAAUUGACCACUCUGCAUAUUGCCAUUGGUGUUGGCAUCUCUCAUAAGAGGGUUGAGCACAUUAUCACCAACGAGUUAGGAAUGACAAAAGUUUCUGCAAGAUGGGUGUCAAAGCUCUUGGCUGCGGAUCAGAAACGUGUCCCGUGACAAUCUGCGCAGUUUUGAAGCAAUCCAUGAUUGUGGCUUCGAACUCAUUGACCAUCCACCUUACUCACCCGAUUUGGCUCUGUCAGUCUUCUACCUGUUUUCAAAAAUGAAAAAGAAACUAGCCGGUCAUCAUUUUUCUAGUAAUGAUGACGUUAUGUCGACUGUGAACGACUUUUUUAGGGUGGCUGAGUUUAUAAAAAAAAAAAAAGAAAAAGAAAUUUGGAAAAAAAAAUAGAACUACAUGUAGAAUAAAGGCAUGUAGUCAUGUACUAAAUUAUUGUGAUACUUAGUUUUUCCUUUUUAAUGUUCAUGGGGGUUGGAUGGCCGAAUGGUUAGCAUGUGCGUGCUGUAUCAUAAGGUCUGUCAUUGAGUCAACUGUCCUGGUUUCUAUUUCCCAGUUGUACCUGACAGGGAGUAGGGUUGCCUGUCCAACCUCGUGGGUUUUCUCUGGGUCCUCCGGUUUCCUCCCACUGCUAAAGUCUCCCACUGCAAAUAAAAUGUUGAAAUAAAAUUUAACCAUAUGUAAGUCCCGUAAGGACCUAGUUUAUUUCUCUCUCUCUCACUCUCUCUCAAUGUUCAUGUGUCAUUGCUUAGCUUGGUGCCUUUUUUUUUGUUAGUUAAAAAAUAAGAUUUCCUGGCCUUGACGUUAUUGUAAAUAAAAUGGUAGACAUAUGCUCAAGAAUUUUUAAAAAUAAUUGAAAUAAAAAACUGGUACUGUACAGGGAGCUAUAGGCCUUAAUCACGGACUCCAAAGACUACCAUUCAAUAUGGACUCUUCGCGUUUCAUCGUCAUUUGUAACAAGGGACUCGAAGAACGAGACUAGACAUAUUCCACAAGUUAUGCCAAAUGGUGACCCCAUAUUCUUAACUGGAGAGCAUGCGCAAUAAAUACUAUCGGUGUGGACUGGAAUAACCAGACGUUAGAGAUUGCCAUGCGAUUGAGACUUCUGGUGUAUUUCGAUAAACAUAACUGAUUUGAAAUUAGAGUAAAAAGGGAAAAGAUUGGAUGUAAAUCAGUUUAUAUACAUUCAUAUUACAUUAUUAUAUGCGUUGCAACCCAUUUGUGUCAAUUUCUAGGUCUCAAAUAUUAGUAAUUUAGCUCCUUUAAGUGUUCCAGAGUUUUGUUUCUUGUAUUCAGUAAAUAUUUAAUUUGAUACAUUGUGUUAGACAAUAUACAUGUUGGUAAGUUAAUAGCAUUUGAAGUACCGGUAGUCAAAUUUCAAGGUGAUUUACUAAAAUUGUCCUAAAGCCUCUACUUGGCAAGUUUCCAACUAAUUCAGGUCACCGUGUGACAUGUGAUCUGCCUGUGCCCUACAUCCCUUGUUGCAGCAGCAGUUGUGACCUACUGAAUGGGUGAAAUGCUUGACAAGUUAUAAAUAGAAUCAUGACGAAAGCCAGCUAGCACAGAGCUGGCGCAGGCAAGUCGUCAUACAUUUACUCAGUUAACCAGUAGACAGCUUACUGUAUGGUCGAAUGUUAAUGUGCUGUACAACAUUUACCGUUCGAUUUGCUGGAGACACAUGUGCAAGGAAAGACGUUAACAAUUAAAAGUACAAUAUAUUUGUAGUUUUAAUUUGUAAAUGUGAACUAUUUUCAUGGCUUUAUAUUAUGGAAAUUGUGGUUAUGGCUUCACACAAGCUCAUAAAUAUCAGGAAAUGGGAAUAAAAGACGAAUUCCAUCAAAAAUCUAUUCUAGUGUGCAUUGACGAAUUGUGUGGGCAGAACUCAGACGCGCAACCGUAUGCUUCAAGAUUACCGCCAGUGCAGUGUGCUGAUAUGGAAGCCUCUGGGUGUUCAGCAGCCACAGAGCAUAGAUUUGCAGAGUACAAUUUCUCCUCAAUGCAGCGUUGUCAUCUUUGUGAUAAAUUUUUGUAUGGUUUAGUUCAUCAAGGUCUUCAAUGUCGAGAGUGUGGAUUAUGUUGUCAUCGUUUCUGUUCAACAACGCAGCCCACAGAAUGUAAUGUCCCAAAAUUAGAACGUAUACGAAGACCAAGUUUUACACAAAAUUCAGUCUUUGGUUUAGAAUUGUCUGAUGAAGUAAACAAGUCUGGGAAAGAAGCACCCCUUGUUUUAAUGAUGUGUGUUCAGGAAAUUGAACAGUGGUGUCAGGAGCAUAAUGCAGAAGCUUUAAGUGUCUACAGAAUAUCAUCGAAAGCUGAAGAAAUUAAUGAAGUCAAGGCAGUGUUUAAUCAAGGGGAUCCAAGCCAGGUUAAUCUGUCAUCUUUUAGUGUUCAUUGUGUUGCUGGUGCACUGAAAAAAUAUUUACGUGAAUUGCCUGAUCCUGUUAUACCUGUUGAUAUGUACAGUCGUUUUAUUGAUAUAGCCAAAAACAAAGCCUCUAGUUCUAAGUCAUUGCUGGAUUUAAUGGAAGAAUUACCUGCCCCUCACAAAAGCACUCUUCAGUAUUUAAUGGCUCACUUUUGUCGGCUGUGGCGACAUCAGCAUGAAUCAGGAGUCACAGAUGGUCUUGAUAAGCUCUCACAUGUAUUUUGUCAUGUUCUGUUACGGCCUCCAUGGGAAAAUAUCAUCGAAAUAGUUGAAAAUACCAAACUACACAUAGAAAUAUUUGAAGAAUUAAUGCGUAAUGGUUCAUGGGGUGAAGUUAUCCCACCCAUUCCAUCACCACCAGUUUUACCACCUAGACCAGCACGUCACACCCACUCGACAGCAGUGACAUCCCCAACUGUAGAAGAUAAAUUAGAGAACUAUGAAUGGUACUGGGGUGAUUUAUCGAGAGAAGAAGUCAACGAGAAAUUACGAGAUACACCUGAUGGUACCUUUUUAGUUCGUAAUGCCACAAGUCCGGGUGAUUAUACACUUACAUUAAGGAAAGGGGGCAGUAAUAAACUUAUCAAGAUAUAUCAUAAAGAUCACAAGUAUGGUUUUGUGGAACCAUUGGAAUUUAACUCUGUGGUAGAAUUAAUUUCUUAUUAUCAACACAACUCUUUAGCUAUUUACAACAAGACGUUAGACAUUAAACUACUGUAUGCUGUUGGCAAAAAUAUGGGCAUGGAUAAUGGAACAGCUGAAGAUGUUACUGAAGAAGUCAAUAAUCUUAUUAAAAUCAAUCAUGAAUAUGUGGAAAAAACUGGACUUUAUGAUCGGUUAUAUGAAAAACAUUCCAAGACAUCAUUGGAACUUCAACUAAAACACCAAGCCUUAGAUGCCUUUAAGGAAACCCUUGUCGUGUUUGAAGAACAGAUGGAUCUUCACAAACGCAACCAUAAAGAUGCAGCUCCUCAUGAAGUCCAAAAGCUGCAUGAGAAUUAUGAAUUAUUAAAGUCCCGCUACCUCAGUAUACAGGAGAGUAAAAGUGCUUUAGAAGUGGACAUCAAUAGAAAGUCCAGUCAUAAUCGUGGAUUGAUCAGUGAAAUGAACAGUAUGAAACCUGAGAUAAAACGCCUUUAUAAACAGAGAGAACAACUUAAAAAAUGGCUGAUUGAUCGAGGUAAAACUGCCGAUAUGUUAGAUAACUUAUUAGAAAACAAAUGUGAAAGUAUUGCUGAAACACAUGGAGAAAGUGACCAUAAUGUACCUCAUUUAAAUGAAUCCUAUUGGUUAGUCAACUGUGAACGUGAGAGAGCCGAAGAGAUGUUACGAGAUAGACCUGAUAGUACAUUUUUAAUACGACCUAAACCGGAUUGUCAUGUUUUAUCUAUUGUGUAUCGUGGUGCUGUCGGCCAUUGUAAAAUCUUCCAUAAAGACACAGGUUAUGGUUUUGCAGAUCCAUAUUUUAUAUUUAGAACAUUAAAAGACUUGGUUGUCCAUUAUCACAAAACCUCUCUAGCAGAGCAUAAUAACGAAUUAGACGUUUCAUUAAAGAUACCUGUGCGUGCUCCCCCUGCAGAGGCUGUUUAUCUGCGAAUGAAUACACCUUAAAAAUAAGAUCAACAAUACAAACUGAUGACUACAGACAAAGGUGACCAGGCCAGUUAUUGGCCAGAAUAUGUGUUCAUGUUGUUACUAUGUAUGUUCAGAAAAGCAGGAGGAUUUGGAAAGAACCAAGCAUUCACCUCAGCAUAAUCAUAGAAUGUGUUAUGGAUUAUUAUGUGUAAAAAUAAAGCCUUGUGUAGUUUAUGGAUAUCCUGGAACUGAUGAUGUUCUAAAUAAGUGCUAUAUUCGUGUAGAAGGUCUGUAUGUUGAUAUACCAGGUGCUUUAUAUAAUACAUACACCUACAUGUAUUGCAAUAACAAUACUUCAAGAACUUCACAACACUUUUUGGUGAAUGUAUGGUAUCCAUUUGAUAGAGAGGUGAAGAUACCAUUUCCAUGUUUGGUGGAACUUGUCCACACAAAAUAUGAACAACACUUGACAACAGCUAGUUUCUAAUAUAUGGAGUACGAGACAUGUUGUGUAAACCAGUGACUAUAAAAGUGUAUUCAGGUUUUAUGUAUAAAACAAACUAUCAAACUGUUAUAAUGACAUUUUUUGAUAGAAACUGCUGUGAUCUUUAUAUUAUUAUAACAUUAAAUAAAACAAACUCUACAAAGUGUUCAUAAAUUUCAAUGUGAGAGAGAUACUAUAUAUUAAUGUGUGCGUGUGUAUGAGUGUAUUAUGAGAGGUAAUGAAUCAAGACAAUGUUAUGUUGUACUAUUAUUAUUACUAUUAUUGCUACAUUAUUUUAUAAAAGUGUUAAUAUCAAGUGCUUUAUUAAAAAUCUUGAUGUAAAACUAGAGAGAUGGCAUGAUUUCUUGUUGAAAUAAGAAGAAUGGAAAACUUUAUGAAUAUAUAGUCUAAUAUGAUGAUUGUGAUAGUUUCAAUAAUAAUUAAUGAUUUUCAAUGGACCAGCAUCAUAAUUUUAUGUUGAUAACAAUAAAAGUCAUGCUACUUUCAGGGAUUAUAAUUUAAUAUUUCAAUGAUGCAUGUUUAUAAGAAAUUUGAAUUCAAGAUUUGUGUCACUAUUAUUCAGCUUGCCAAUAGUUUAUCUUCAUUAGGUUUUUAGUGUAAAAUAUUUCAAUAAAGUAAAUAUUCAAACCUUACAAUAAAUAUACAGGCUACUUUAAUGCUAAGUAAUGACUAAUGUUGGAGCCAAACAUUUCGAAAAUUGAAAUUUUGCACAACAAUAAAUUUGACAUUCAGAUAUUAUUAAUAUCUAACAUACAUGUAGUGAAACUAAAAGUUGGCCAGUAUUUUCAACUGAAUUGCAAUGAGUUUUAAAUAGUGUGUUUUGUGUACUAUCAACUCAUUUUACAAACUUUGUAUGAAUGGCAUUGUAAAAGGAUACCAAAGGGUGACAUAAAUUAAAAUGGCAAUUAUGACUAUCAUUAGAACAUGUAUAUGAUCAACAACAUCAUUUUAGAACUCUUAGAGAUUAUAUUUUAAUAGCACUUCAUCUCUCAUUUGAUUGUCAAGUUUUUAUUACAAUUACUAAUUUAAUUUUAAAUUCAAUAUGGUGCAAUUCAUUUCUUUUUUUGUUGCUUGAAGGAUAAUGUUUUAUAUAACAUUGCUAAAUGAUUUCUGAGAAUUUAUAGAAUAUGUUUAUAAUAAUCAUACAUUUGGUUAAAUUGGUAAUUAUAUAAAACAGUAUAUUUUCUACUCUUAUUAUAAUUUACUUACUGACAAAAUGAAUCAUGUUCAAAAUACAGUCUAAAAUAAAACACAUCUCCAUUUUAUGUACAUUAUAUAUGAUUAUUUUACGAAAGAAGUGUACAUACACAAUAUGUGGCAUAACUAUGUGAUAUGAACAACAAUAUUACUGGUAUGUGUAAUCAUUGUGCCUCCAUACACAAUUCUUGUACAUGAUAAUACUGUACAAUUAAUUGAACGAAGUACAUUAAAAAUGUUGACUUUA